GGGCGGAGCAGCAAGCAGGUUACUAAAUCAUUCCCCACUUUCUCUCAAGUUCAGAAGCAGCCUGCCAGGCACUGGAGCCCAAAUGAAGCCCCCAGGCCCUGCCCGUGUCGGUGCCAUCGUGCUGGUCCUGCUCUCGCUGCUGGCUGUGCUCCAAACCACCCGUGCCCAAAAGAAUGACAUCGACAUCUACAGCCUCACUGUGGACUCCAGGGUCUCCUCCCGGUUUGCCCACACGGUCAUCACCAGCAGGGUGGUCAACAGAGCAGAUUCCAUGCAGGAGGCCACCUUCCAGAUGGAGCUGCCCAAGAAAGCCUUCAUCACCAACUUCUCCAUGAUCAUCGACGGUGUGACGUACCCAGGGAACAUCAAGCAGAAGGAUGCAGCCCAGAAGCAGUACAGUGCGGCCGUGGCCAGGGGGGAGAGCGCUGGCCUGGUCAAGUGAGCCUAAGGGGGUGCGGGAGACCCCAG